AUGAGCGAAUUAGCUGUUGCCGAAGCAGUUGGGAUCAAAAAUAUCAUUGGCGCUCAUUCAAAUGGUUGUCUCCUCGAAGGAACUGCACUUGCCAUCGGUCUACCACUAUUUCCCAGCUAUAUACCAGGUUCACAACUAGUCUGGAACAGUUUCUCCUAUUCAGAAAUUCUUCUUUUAGCAUCUCUUGGGGUCAGUGACGACUCUUCUACCUUUUCGACGCGAGUUACUAAUGUUCUAUUUGCAUUUCUAUCUUGGUAUCAGCAGAGGGUAUUGUGUGCCGCAGCAGAGAAAGUGAUGAUACAAAAGCUUGGUCCGCAAAUCACUCCAGUUUGGGAAACUAUGUCCAAUAUGACUUGGGUUCUUAGCAAUUCGGAACCACUUCUAGACUUCCCCAAACCCACAUUGAACAAAAUUGUCGAAAUCGGGGGUAUUGGUGUCUCGGAGGCGCAACCUCUCAAUCGCGAGUGGAGUGAUGUGCUUGAUCUGAGACCAGCAACGAUUUUGAUAUCUUUCGGUACUGUGGCACCAAGUGUCUAUAUGCCAGACGGGAUGAAGGGAUCCAUUAUCAACGUUAUCACGUCAUAUCCCAAUGUCACAUUCAUCUGGAAAUAUGAGCAGCCCGAUGAUCCACUCUUUGCGGCUGACGAUCGUCUAUCGCUUUUCACCACACAUGGUGGUUCUGGCAGCAUGCUGGAAGCAGCUACUUACGGGAAACCGUUAAUUCUUGUUCCUCUGUUUGGCGAUCAAACAAGAAAUGCCAAACUUGUAAUUAAAUAUGGUUUUGGCAUACUGUUGGAGAAAGCACUUUUGAUGGAGAGUAAUGUGCUACGUGAGGCAAUUCACAAGAUCUUCGAUGAAAAAAGGUAUCGCAACGCAGCACUCAGAAUGCGCAGGAUGUUGUCGCAACGCGUGAUGAACCCCAAAGAAAAGCUCGUGAGAACAAUUCAGCUGGCUGCUGAGUUUGGAACUAUACCCGAACAACUUGUAGCAGGAAGGAACUUGAGCUUUGUUGUCUAUUAUAAUAUUGAUUUGAUAUUACUUGCACUCUUGCUUCUAGCUAUAAGUGUUUUUGUAAUUUCCUACUUUAUAUUAUAUAUUUAUAGAUAUUUUAUGUCAGACUUUAAAGCUAAGUUACAGUGAUA